AUGUCGUCGACACAGGAGCCCGAGGCUCCAGCCCGCACCAGCGAGGCGCAAGCUUCCCCCGACUCGGCGACUGCGAACCCAGAGCUUGACCUCCCCAAGCUCCAAUCCCUACCGGCCGAACAGCAAGAGCUAUUCCUGCUCACAUUCGUCUCGAGCUUGACCAAGCACGUCCUGCAGCUAGAGGCCGACGACUGCACGGCGCAACAGUUCUAUCUCAAGAAGGAGAUCUUCCAGAUCAUCAACCUGUCCUCGCCACAGCCGUCUCGAGUUAUACGGAACAACCUGGGGAAAUGUCUGGCGCACAUCUUUGGCUACGGAGACAGGAAGCUGCUGUUCGAAACGAUCAACGACUUGAUUGCGAUUGUGUCGAGCGGCAAGCUCAAGACGGAUGCUGAGAUACGGACCAAGCAUGCAGCGGUCGUCUGCUUGGGCGAUGUGUUCGCUUCUGCUGGAGACAGCGCGAUUGGUCUACACCAGCUUGCCUGCACAACCUUGAUCAAGCUGCUUAAGUCCUCCUCCAACAAUGCUGGUCUUCGCGCAGCAUGCAUAACCGCCCUAGGAAAGAUCAUUCGGAUGGUAGAAGGGAGCAUGGACGAGGUCAUUACGCGAGACAUUUGGAAACAAGCACGGAACCACGCCUCAUCCGACAAGGGGCAUCUCGUUGUUGCCUCCGCCUGCCGGACUCUCAAGGCGCUGGUCAAGCACACCCCCUAUUUUCUCAAUUCCAACGACUUCGACAAACUGGAGUCGGCCGUAUUGAAGGCGUUUGAUUCAUCAUCUGUCCAGGUUCGGCAAGCCGCAGCAGAAUGCUUCGCCGAAGCCUUGUAUCAAGGCCACUCAGAAGGCGGGCCUGCCGAGGUGGCAUCACCCAAGGGCAAAAAGACCAAGAAGGCGUUGAAACGGCAAUCUACAAUCCCCAACAUCGUAGCCGACGAAGAUGAGCUUCCGUCUCGUUCAGCUAGUCCCGCGCCGUCUAGCAAGCGAAGUCAAGUGCUGGCAUUGUCACUGGCUGAUAUGCUGAAGAACCUGGCUACUCAGUAUGUCAAGGCCUCAACCUCCAACAGAACCCGGGCAGCCAUCGGUGUUUGCUAUGGCAAGCUAUUUCGUCGACUUGGGGAGAAGCUAGUUGAAACCAACUACCUCAAAAUUGUCGAGAGUCUUGCGAUCGACUUGCUCGGGGCACCGACGAUCAUCAACAAUCGAUACCGCCUCUUAAUCUCAAGAAAAAUCGUCGAUGUUAUCAUUCAGGACGUUAUUGGGCGCAAGAUCUUGGGAGAGUCUGGCCAGAUAUCGGCUGCCAGGUCACUCAUCAACAACGUCUUCAAGAAUUACCCCCAAGCCUUGGCGGAGCGGCCCGAGCCUUCUAAGCAUACUUUGAUCGCAACGCUGAGUGCUGUCUCUUCGCUGGUGGACUCACUCGGCUCGGCAGCAAACACCUUUGCAGAGUCGUGCCGAGAUGGCCUCUUGCAGGUGUUGCAACAUCCCAGUUAUACCGUCCAGGUCUUUGCAUCCCACUGCAUGAAGACAUUGGUUCUUGCAUGCCCCCAGCAACUACUCCCUUGCCUUUCGGUCUGCAUGAACAGUCUGAAUCGCGAGCUCUCUCUGCUAGGGGGCGCCCGAAACUCACCAAGACGAUGUAUUGGUGCUGCACAUGGACUGGCCGCCACGUUGAGUGCGAGUCCCUCUCGUCCCCUUCACGGAUCGGUCGAAAUCAACAGUCGAGUGUUGACUAUGGCAACCAACAUGCUGAAAUCGAGCAGUAAAUCAGAGCUUCGUGUUGCGAGCACGCAGAUCCAAGUCGCCUGGAUUUUGAUAGGCGGCUUGAUGUCUCUUGGUCCGAACUUUGUCAAGAUUCACUUGUCACAACUACUCCUCCUUUGGAAGAAUGCGCUCCCGAAACCGCUCGCAAAAGACAAUACAUCGGCACGAAGCCUGCUUGAAGCAUCCUUCCUGGCUCAUGUGAGAGAGUGUGCCUUGGGAUCAAUCUUGGCCUUCCUCCAGUUUAACAGCCGCCUCCUCACAGUUGAUGUGUCCAAGAGGAUCGCUACCAUGCUUCAAAACACGACGGCGUUUCUGAAGACUCUACCGUCAAAGAAGACAACCGAUGAUAUUAGCCAGAGACUGGCCCCUGCCUUGCAGCUCCAAGAUCUUGACAUGAUGGUUCAACGCAGAGUCCUACAAUGUUAUGUCAAGCUCGUCAAUCUUAGUCCCGCUGGUGGAAGCGAAGCCUUACUGCAAUCUAAUCUGUUGACUCUGGCCAUUUCUCUAUUUGCGGACCCGGAAAACUACGCACCAAAUUCACUCAGUGCCUCGAUCGCAAAUGCAGCGGCUACUUUCGAGUCUAUCUGGGAGGUUGGUGACAACUCUGGCUUCGGUAUCACCGGCCUUGUCUCUGGAUCUCUGGUCAGGAAGCUUCCUGGGCAGCAGGAGAACUCGGUUGAGAACUAUGAUGAACUCGACAGCACUGAGGAUGCGAUCAACAACCUGCUUCGGUCUCCUAUCUGUGGAAGCUUGGAGCAUGAUGCCUCUGUCUUGUACAUUGGCAACAUGGAUCCAUCGUCGGUGACCCCUGAUCCUCCUGCUACAGAGGUGAUCAACGCCGCGAUCCAGCUGUUUGCGUUUGCCUUCCCCCUCACUCCAGCCAAGGUCCAAGAGAGUAUCCUAGAGCAAAUUCGAACCUUCGCAUCAGCAGGUUCGCUACAAAGGGACCCCGGCCGCAAGGCUGCCAUCAAUGUCAACCUCGCUACAGCCAUUCUGGCAACGAUGAGAGUGGCCGUGAAGGAGACAAAAUCUCCUGCCGGCGACAUCUCCAACCAUGCAGUGGAGGCGCUACUACAAGACAUUGUUCGUGACUUUGUGCUUGAUCCUGAUGAGCAUGUCAGAAGCCUUGGGUACGCCGCUGUGGCUCGCCUCUGCAACGUCUAUGGAAAUGGCUUCACGAACAACGAAAUAAAGUACCUGGUGGACACCAUCGUCGGCAACCGUGAACCUAGUGCGCGAGCGGGUUGCGCCAUGGCGCUCGGGUCCAUCCAAACCCAGGUCGGCGGAAUGGCUGCUGGAUACCAUCUCAAGACUAUCCUCGGCAUCCUCAUGUCUCUUUGCAAUGAUCCUCACCCAGUAGUGCACUAUUGGGCGCUAGAGGCACUGUCAUUAGCCUCAGACGCAUCGGGGCUCAGCUUCGCUGGAUACGUGCCCAGCACGCUCGGCAUGCUGGUCCAGCUUUAUCUGUCCGAGACACAUCAUGCGGAGAUAUCUUCAGCAAUCACCAUGAACCUCGAGAUGGAGCUUUCCACAACAUCUGCCAUUGCUCGCUGUGUUGACUCGCUCAUCAACGUGCUUGGUCCUGACCUGCAAGAUGCCACCAAGUCACGAGAACUCAUCUUCACGUUGGUCAAUCAGUUCCGAGAGGAACCAGAUUUGCUUGUGCAGAGAGCAGCGCUUGGGUGCCUAGAGCAUCUGUCUCUCUACGCUCCUGGACACAUGCACUUCGCUGACUACGUGAAGCUUCUCCAAAAGUACCUCUCUUCCGAGUCUGCUACCCUGCGGGAUGUUGCAGUGGAUGGCAUUCACAACAUGAUGAAGAGGAACCCACAAGAUGUUCUCCGUGAAGCAGAGAAGGGAUUCGAAGAACAGCUCUGGCUUGUCCUUGAUACUGUCCCAUCCCACGAUGGAAUCCGCAAUAUUAUUCGAAACUGGAUGCAUCACACUUGUCUCGCCGAGACCAACGCCUGGCUUCAACGAUUCCAGGCGGUGCUCAAGAUGACGAGGGCGCGACCCAAGACGGAGGACGCUUCAUCAGGCUCCAAGGGCGGUGGUCAACUCGAUCUCCAGGAUGAAGAGGUGGCUGGUUUUGCUGCUGCUGCAGGCGCAGCUAAGGACGAGAAGGAAAACAAGGCAACCUCUGAAGUUGAACCUCUGCGAUGGCAAGUCACGACUUUUGCCAUGAGCUGCAUCGAUGAGAUGUUCUUGUUCAUUGCAAAGGACGUGACGGCCAACGGAGAGUCCAAAGCCCAGAGCGACCUGCAAAGCAAGGUUGCGGAUGUUGUCCGCAUGGCCUUUUCUGCAUCCACCUCGAGUGUGCUAGAGCUUCGGAUCUGGGGCCUCAAGAUCAUUGGAGACGUGCUCAAGAUGUUUGGAAAGACGCCUGAUCCAGACUUUGAGGAGGCAAUGCUACUGGAGCAGUACCAAGCCCAGAUUAGCUCGGCGCUCACUCCAGCGUUCGCCGCAGACUCUUCGCCUGAGCUUGCGUCAGAAGCUGUCAACGUCUGCGCAAGCUUCAUCUCGAUCGGCAUCGUCACUGAUGUAGACCGCAUGGGCAGGAUCUUGAAAACACUCGUUAGUGCGCUUGAGAACUUUUCCAAGGACAACGAGAAUGCGGCCAUUGGUGACCUGAAAGGGCUGAGCUCCAAUGCCCAAGUCAUGGUCAAGAUAUCGGUGUUUUCUGCCUGGGCAGAGCUGCAGGUUGCCAGCUCGGAGCAGCAGUAUCUAUUGGAUGUACUGAGACCGCAUAUCGGCACGUUGACGCCUCUUUGGCUAGAGUCUCUGCGUGAAUUCGCGCGUCUCCGGUUCGAGCCCGACAUCUCGAUGACACUGGGACCCCCCUCGCUGUCUGGAAGCCUGGACACGAUCUAUGCAGCCCUUAACCGCGAGACGCUGCUGCGUUUCUACCAGGAUGCUUGGCUGAAGCUGGUCGAUGCCAUUGCUAGCCUGAUCGAGCAGGACAGCGAGUUCGUGUUUGAUGCCCUGGACGGAAAGGAGUCAGAUGGCCCAUCGACCAACGGCAGAGGCAAGAGCUCAGACAUCAAUUACCGAGAUGAGCCUGUUGCAUUCUUCUUCGUCCUGUUCGGGCUUGCAUUCGAGGCCCUUGCCACUCGGUCUGGGCAGAGCGACUCUCUGGCGACACACGAGCAGACGUUGGCCAUCCUCCAGGCGCUCAAGAAGAUUCUGCAUCCUAGCGUUUCCGGUCAUGCCAUCUACAGGCCAGACGUAUUCUCCGAGACGAUGGAUCUACUAGACCGCCUGGUGCUGACUGAAGGUCUGGACGUCCAAGGCGUGAUUGUGGAAAUUGCCAGUGUGCUCUGCAUUGCGCACCCCUCUGCAAGGAGACAUGCGACCGAAGAAGGCGACCUGUCUGACGAUAUCGACCAACUCUUUGAGCUCACACGAAUCAUCGUGCUGGUACUGACGGGGCUCCUCCCCAACCUCUCGGAAGGAAAUCAGCCGGCCAGGCAUCAGAUGAACGAGGAGGCGAUCCUGCUGAUACGGUCGUCGUUGAACGCGCUCGUGGACGCUGCAGAGGUGUUCCCGGCUAUCAUCAAGACGGAUCUUCAUGCAUGCAUCGUCCACAUCUUUGCCACCACCCUGGCCACGCCCAACUGCCAGGAGCUGAUAGUUCCACAGUCGCUGCCCACGCUAAAGCGCUUCGUGGGCAGCAUGUCUAACUCGCGGAGGAGCCCCGGCGGUGGUGAGCCGUCGGCUACAGACAUCCAGAUGCAGGGCUGCCUGCGCCGCUUCCUGUCCAUCUACCUGAAUGCGCAGAAACGAGAGGCUCCGCAGUCCCUUGCGUGCGUCAAGAACUGCCUGCUGGCCACCACCAUCCUCUUCACGGGUGGGCGAAAUCACCUGCCGGCUACUGAAGCCUUGGUGGCGCGCUAUCUAGAUGAGCUGCUGGACUGCCUCACGGACCGAAUGACUGCCAAGAUUGCAGCAAACUGCAUCAGGUCCUUGCUGCUCCAGCCGGCGCCGACCAGCGCUGACCUCAGCAUCGCCCGGUACCUAUUCCCGCGUCUGAUAGCCUUUGUGACGGACACGGACCCUGAAGAUCCUGAGAAUGCCAGGGCCCUGAUCGCGCAUACGCUAUGCCAGUACGUGGGUACAGUGGACAAGGCCCGGCGCCUGGCGGCCAUGACAGUGGUGAUUCCGACCCUCAUGGCCCGAGCAACGGCCGAGGGUGACGAGGUGUACCGGGAGACGAGUGCGCGACUAUUGGAGCUUGCAGCGAUAGACCAGGAGGCGUUUAGAGCGGUAGUUGGCGGCAUGAGUGAUGGGCAGAAGGCAUUCCUGGAAGAGGUUAUCCGCUUCGGAAGGCAAAACACAGGUCAAGCGGAUAAGGCAGCCUCGGGAUCUUCUGGGCAACCCACUAUUGCGCUAAAGAUGGAUUUUGGCGGCUGA